AUGAAAAAAAAAAAAAACAUACCAAAAAAUAUACCUUAUAAAAAUUAUGUAAGCAAGAAGAAAAUUAAUAAAAAUAGAAAAUCAUAUGUAACUUCUAAAAAUAAAACAAAGUUGAAUAAAAAUAAAAAUAAAAAUAAUUGUCCUUCUGAUUCAAUAAAAAAUAGGGAUAAUUAUUCUGAAUCAAAAGAAAACGAAAGAGAUGAUAAUGAUUUAUUUACAUUAUCCUCUUACAAAAGUGAUGAAUCGUUAUAUGAAAGUUGUAGUGAUGCUCAUGAGGAUUCUAACUGCAAUCUUGUUAAGAAUAAAGUAAAAAAUAAACAAAAAUAUAAAGGAAGCAAAACAAAAAAUCAUGAAAAUUGUAUUGAUAGUAGAAUUAAAAAAUUGUUAAAUGAAAAAAUAGACUAUCAUAAUAUAGACCUUUUUAAAUAUUUAAAUUAUUUAAAUGAUGAAAAUGAAAAUAAUGAUUUACUAAACUUCAUAAUAUCAGAAUUUUUGAAAAAAGGAAAUUCUGAAAAACAAGAAAAAGAAACGUAUAAAAAAGAUAAAUUUAAUAAAAAUGAUAAUGAAGAAAAAAGUACAAUUAAUAUAAAAGAAAAUAUUGAAAUUGAAUAUAUUUUAAAUUACGAAGGUAACAAUUUUAGAAACAUAUUUUUUUUAGAAAAUAUUCAAAUAGAUUUUAACAAAAAAAAAAUAAAUGUUUUUCCAUUUAAGAGUGAAAGUAUUGUUGAAAACAUAAAAAAAAAAGUACAGAAUAGAUCGAGUUUUAGAAAUCAAAAGAAUUUAGAAAAUUUUGAAAAAAGUACAGAAAAUAAAGAUAUACUAAAAAUAUGUUUAGAGAAAAAGAAUUUCAAUAAUGAAGAUCAUAUUUACAUAAAUGAUAUAUAUAUUUCUCUAAAUCCUCACGUAACAGAAUUUUUAUAUUUUAUAUUAAUAUGUAAUUAUUUAUAUAAUGAUAGAGAAGAUAAUGAAAAAGAUAAAGUAGAUAUAACUAUUAAUAUGAAAGAAAUUAUGGAAAAAUUAGAUGAAGAAUUAACAAAAGAUUUAACUCAAGAAAAUGUUUUUUUGAGCUUAUGUUCUUCUAUAAUUUAUCUUGAUUUUAGUAGUAGUAUUAAUGUUGUGAAUUUUUUAUCUUAUUUUUUAAAUGCAAAGAGAAGAAAUGAAAAUUUUUGUGAAACUAGAGAAAACACUCAUGAAGGAAAUAAUUAUGUUAGAAAAAAAGAUAAAAAUAAUGGAGUACAGAAAAAUGAAAAAAAUAACAAACUUAAUAAAAUUACUGAUGCAUCACAAGAAGAUAAUGAAAAAAAAAAGUAUGUAUAUGAAUUAAUGAAUGAUAUAAUUUUAAAAUGCUCUAAAGUUUUUAAUGGUAGUCUAUUAAGUAUUAGUGUAUGCAGUUAUUUGAAUAAUUUUAUGUAUUUUAAUUCAACUAAAAAGAGUAAAAACUUUAUUUUUAUAUAUUUUAUAUCUGAAUUUUUGAGUAAACCUAUUUUUAUAGAUAUUAUAGAAAAUAAUGCAGUAUGUAAAAAAUUGUCAUGGAUAAAGUUUGAUGAUAUUUCUUAUAAAAAUGAAAACGAAUAUAUUUACCUUUUAUUAUGCCUAAUAGGAAAUAAGAUAAAAAUAUAUGGAAUUUCUAAAUAUAAUUUUUUUGUUAAUUUCUUUUUAUCCAUAAAAUAUGAAAAUUUUAAUAUUGAAUAUAUAGAAAAAAAUUUUUUAAAAAAAAAAAUGAAAAAGUUGUUUACAUAUAAAAGUAAUGAUGUUUUAAGUGAUUUUUCAUAUAACGUUUGUAUAAAGAAUAAUAAAAGAUUUUUAAGAUUAGCUAUUUGUUAUAAUAAUUUUAAAAUAAAGAUAGUUACUAUUAGUUUAAAUGAGAUAAAUAAAAAUAAAAUUAAUAAUAUAAUAGAUAAAUUAAAAACAAUAAAUAUAUCAUUUCAAGGUUGUAGCAACGAUCUAGAUUUUAUUUUUAAGAAUAAUAAAAAUAUUAUGCAAGAAAAAUGUCAAAUUAAUGAAGAUAAUAUAGGUAAUAUGAAUAAUGAAAGAAAUAUAAGUGAAGAAAAAAAAGAAGAUAAAAAAGAUUUUUUUGAGAAAUACGAAAUUAAUGUUUAUGAAGAUUUAAUUUUUUUACAACAUGGUAUAUUAUCAUUAUGUUCUUUUUAUCCAUGUGUUAAUUCGCAUCUUCUUUGUAUUUGUUCAAAAGAAGGAAAUAUUGUAAUAAUAGAUAUAAGGAAUAAUAAUGAACUUUUCUUUUUUAAAAGAAAAACAGAAACAGUAUCUCAUUUAAAUUGGUAUAAUAAUAGUUGUAUUUUAUUUGGUCAAGAUAAGGGAUGUAUACUACACUUAUUUGAAAAAAAUUAUAUUUUAAAUAUUGAUAAAACUAAUAAUAAUUUAAUAGACAUUUUAUGUUUAAAUAGUUUUAUAACGAAUAACAUUUUUAUGUUUAUAUUUGAUGAUGGUACAAUAAUAAAUGGGAAAUUAAAGAAAAGUAAAUCAAAAGUUAAAUACAAUGAAUUUUUUAUAUGGAAAACAAAAGAUUUCGAAUUAAAUCCACAUAUAUUAUUAAAAAUUAGUUGUAUGAAAAAUGAAGAAGUUCAUUCAGUUUCAUUGAUACUACUUUAUGAAUAUUUACAAGGUUUACAAAAUAUUUUUAAUAAUGGUAUCAAAAUUAUAAAAUCUAAAAAAUAUGAAAGUAAAAUAAAUAAAAAAACUAUAGCUUUAACACCAAAAUCUAUUUCUUUUGCAAAUUUUGAUAAAAAUUAUAUAAUAGCAUAUGGAAGUGCAUGCGGCUUAAUUCAUAUAUUCUCAAGAUCAAAAAAUAUGUAA